AAGACAUGAAAAAUCUCAAUAAGUGUGAACAAACAGACGCUUAAGUGUUUCUUUUCCAGUCAGUUUCGGUCAGGCUGCCCGAAUUCGCGGUGGGCAGGUUCAAACUCCAAGGCACACAAUCCAUCCAUCCAUCCAAUACAUAACUGCUUCUCUCUACUUCAUCAACCCAACCAAUCAACCAAAAAACCACCAUACCACCGUGGCUACCACCGCCGUGCAAGGCGGCGCGUGAGAAAGUUUGCGGCGCGUGAGGAAGUUUCCGGCCAUAUUUCCCAUACGUGCUGCUGAUUGAUCCACGCGGGAGGAGAAAUGGGACAGAAUCAAUCAGGAUGUGGGAUGCAGAAGAAAGAGAGUGAUUUGUUUGCUUCUGCUGUUGCCAAUGGUGAGUUGGAGGUUGUUGAAGCUAUGGUUGAUGAUGAUGUGAAUGUGUUGGAUAGAACUAUUGGUCGAGCUAGGUUGUCUCCUCUUCAUUUAGCAGCUGCCAAUGGUCGGAUCGAGGUGCUUUCCAUGUUGUUGGAGCAGAAUGUUAAAGUUGAUGUCUUGAAUCGCCAUAAACAGACGCCGUUAAUGUUGGCUGUGAUGCAUGGAAAGACCGGUUGCAUGGAAAAGCUUAUUCAAGCUGGAGCUAAUAUAUUGAUGUUUGAUUCUAUUCGUCGAAGAACUUGCUUGCACUAUGCUGCGUAUUAUGGCCACGUAGAUUGCCUAAAGGCUAUUCUUUCAGCUGCUCAUUCCACACCUGUUGCAGAUUCUUGGGGAUUUGCCAGAUUUGUGAACAUAAGAGAUGGAAAUGGUGCUACGCCACUGCACCUUGCUGCUCGCCAUAGACGGCUUGAAUGCCUUCAUUCCCUUUUAGACAACGGGGCUCUUGUCUGCGCUUCAACCGGUGGAUCCGGAUUUCCCGGAAGAACACCACUACAUAUGGCUGCCCGUGGUGGUUCUGUGGACUGUGUCCGCAUGUUGCUUGCUUGGGGAGCAGAUCGCCUUCAAUUAGAUUCUUCUGGGAGAAUACCAUUCACGGUUGCUCUUAAGCACAGACAUAGGGCAUGUGCGGCCCUACUCGAUCCUUCAUCAGCCGCACCGCUUGUUUGGCCGUCUCCGCUAAAGUUUAUCAGUGAGCUCAACCAGGAAGCCAAAGCCUUAUUGGAGAACGCCUUACUAGAAGCUAACAGGGAGAGAGAAAAAACCCUAUUAAAGGAAAUUGACAUAUCUUCAUCUCUGCUUCAUUCUGAUAGCAAAGACGAUGACAUUGUCUCAGAUUCUGAGGAAAGCAAUAUGGAGUUAUGUUGCAUAUGCUUUGAUCAAGUCUGCACAAUUGAGGUCAAACCUUGUGGUCAUCAAAUGUGUGCUCACUGUACCCUAGCACUAUGCUGUCUCAAGAAGCCCAAUCCUCAAACUGGUUGCACCACCGGACCGGCAUGUCCAUUUUGCCGAGGUGCCAUUCUUCAGUUAAUCGUUGCCAAGAUCAAGACUUGCAGUGAUACAGAAGUGGAAUCAAAUCCAACAAAACCAAGGAGGUCAAGAAAAUCAAAUUUCAGCGAAGGGAGCAGCAGCUUCAAGAGUUUGUCAGCCAUUAGCUCAUUUGGAAGGAUCACUGGUCACAAUUCAGGAAAGAUUGAUACCGAAAAGCAAUGAGAGAUUUCUUAAGUCUUGAUGAUUGCCGGCGGAUUCUUUGCUUCCAUUGACAUAUGAAUGGCGUUUACACUUGCUGUGGAAUAGCUACCUAUAGUAGUAAGCAUGUUAUUUGAAUUCAAUUUUUUCUCGUUGUCUAAAAGAUCACUAAGAUCAUGCAAGACAAAAGAUGAACUAGAUUCUUAUAUGGUCUGUUUGAGUCAUUGUAAUACGAUUAUCGGUUGAACUUUUGACAGACGGUUGCAUUUUAAUUUCACCAAUUAUAAAAUGUAAGUAUACAUGAGACAUUCAAUUCUCUUGAGUGUAGUACUCGGUUUUCGUCUUCAUCCAAGCUGUGUGAGCAUCUGAUGACACGUGGCUUGGAGUUUAUUCAAUUCAACGCUUUUUCGGCUAGGAUUCAUUUGCGACCGGAUCUUGUCAAUUAUUCAACUGAAGAAUUUGUAUUUUGAAUAUAAGUGGUUAGUUUUCUCAUUCUCUGUACUCUCAUUCUUGUUGCUUAGUACUCUGCACAGGUCAAUUGUAACUGUGGAAGAGUAAUGAUUGGUAAAUAUUGUAAAGCUUCAAAUAUAUUGUUUGGGGCAUUCAUUUAUCCCUUUGACUUGGAAAAAUAUAUUGUGUUUUGUUUUCACUUUCAA